ACUAGGUUGCGCUCUGGUGUAAGUGGAGCUGCCGCGCGCCGCCACCUCCUCUCUCUCUCUCUGCCUGUGCUCCGCUGUAGCUGUGCUUCAGCACGGAGCUCUCGAGACCGCCUGGGCGCGCGAGCUGUGGUAGCAGCAGGGGAGGAAAACCAAAAGCAGACCAAAGGACACACGCACAACCAUGGAUCAUUAUGACUCUCCGCAAACCAAUGACUACAUGCAGCCGGAGGAGGACUGGGACAGGGACAUGCUUUUGGAUCCAGCCUGGGAAAAACAGCAGAGAAAGACAUUCACAGCAUGGUGUAACUCUCACCUCCGCAAGGCUGGCACGCAGAUUGACAACAUAGAGGAAGAUUUCAGGGAUGGUCUUAAACUCAUGUUACUUCUGGAAGUCAUUUCAGGUGAACGUUUGGCUAAGCCUGAAAGAGGCAAAAUGCGAGUGCACAAAAUCUCCAAUGUGAACAAGGCCCUGGAUUUCAUCGCUAGCAAAGGAGUGAAGCUGGUGUCUAUUGGAGCAGAAGAAAUUGUGGAUGGAAAUGCUAAAAUGACCCUUGGAAUGAUCUGGACCAUCAUCCUUCGCUUUGCCAUUCAGGAUAUCUCUGUGGAAGAGACAUCUGCUAAGGAAGGGCUUUUGUUAUGGUGUCAGAGGAAGACAGCUCCCUACAAAAAUGUGAACAUCCAGAAUUUCCAUAUCAGCUGGAAGGAUGGCCUUGGCUUCUGUGCUUUGAUUCACAGACAUCGCCCAGAGCUCAUCGACUAUGGGAAGCUGCGAAAGGUACUAGCUUAA